UGACCUUUCACCCCAGCAUGGCUGCGCCCGUGGGACCGGUGAGGUUCUGGCGACCCGGGACAGAGGGACCAGGUGUCAGCAUCUCUGAAGAGAGACAGAGUCUAGCUGAAAACUCUGCGACAACUGUUGUUUACAAUCCCUACGCUGCCCUUUCUAUAGAGCAGCAGAGGCAGAAGCUGCCUGUGUUCAAGCUUAGGAAUCAUAUAUUGUACUUGGUAGAAAACUAUCAGACAGUGGUGAUUGUUGGAGAGACGGGAUGUGGGAAAAGCACACAGAUCCCACAAUAUCUUGCAGAAGCUGGCUGGACUGCAGAGGGAAGAGUGGUGGGAGUGACCCAGCCUCGAAGAGUGGCUGCUGUUACAGUUGCAGGGAGAGUAGCUGAGGAAAGGGGUGCAGUGCUGGGUCACGAGGUGGGCUACUGCAUCCGCUUUGAUGACUGCACCGAUCCACUGGCCACGAGAAUCAAGUUCCUUACUGAUGGAAUGUUGGUCAGGGAAAUGAUGGUUGAUCCAUUGUUAACAAAAUAUAGUGCCAUCAUGCUGGAUGAAGCCCAUGAGAGGACCUUAUACACAGACAUUGCCAUUGGCUUGCUGAAAAAGAUUCAGAGAAAGCGAGGGGAUCUUCGACUGCUUGUGGCUUCAGCCACUCUGGAUGCAGAGAAAUUCCGGGAUUUCUUUAAUCAGAAUGAAACCAGUGACCCAACAAGGGAUACAUGUGUGAUCCUUACAGUAGAAGGGCGAACAUUUCCAGUGGAUAUCUUUUAUCUACAAAGUCCUGUUCCAGAUUAUAUCAAAUCAACUGUAGAAACUGUGAUGAAAAUUCACCAGACAGAGGGAGAUGGAGACAUCCUAGCAUUUCUGACUGGCCAGGAAGAGGUGGAAACUGUUGUGUCUAUGCUGAUCGAGCAGGCUCGGGCGCUAGGUCGAACUGGGAUGAAGAGACACCUCCGAGUUCUCCCCAUGUACGCAGGACUGCCUUCCUUUGAGCAAAUGAAAGUGUUUGAAAGGGUGUCCCGCAGUGUCAGAAAGGUGAUAGUGGCCACCAAUGUGGCCGAAACCUCCAUUACAAUCAGCGGGAUUGUGUAUGUGAUCGACUGUGGCUUUGUGAAGCUCCGUGCCUAUAAUCCCAGGACAGCCAUUGAGUGCUUGGUGGUGGCCCCAGUGUCCCAGGCGUCAGCCAACCAGCGCGCGGGGCGUGCUGGCCGCAGCCGCUCAGGAAAAUGUUACCGCCUUUAUACAGAGGAAGCCUUUGACAAGCUGCCUCAAUGCACUGUCCCUGAGAUGCAGCGUAGCAAUUUGGCACCUGUCAUCCUACAGCUGAAAGCACUAGGGAUCGACAAUGUCCUCAGGUUCCACUUCAUGUCGCCCCCUCCAGCCCAGUCGAUGGUUCAAGCGUUGGAGUUACUGUAUGCUCUGGGAGGUCUGGACAAAGACUGUCGCUUAACUGAACCACUUGGCAUGAGAGUUGCAGAGUUUCCUUUGAAUCCCAUGUUUGCAAAAAUGCUGCUCGAAUCAGGAAAUUUUGGCUGUUCUCAGGAAAUUCUAAGCAUUGCAGCCAUGAUGCAAAUCCAGAAUAUCUUUGUGGUCCCCACAAAUCAGAAGUCUCAGGCGAUUCGAGUACACCGCAAAUUUGCUGUGGAGGAGGGUGAUCAUCUCACUAUGCUCAAUGUGUAUGAAGCAUUUAUCAAACACAAUAAAAACUCUCAAUGGUGUCAAGAACAUUUCCUGAAUUACAAGGGUCUCAUUAGAGCUGCAACAGUGCGAGAGCAGUUGAAGAAGCUUCUUGUCAAAUUCCAAGUGCCCAAGAAAUCAAGUGAAGGUGAUCCAGAUCCAGUCCUGAGGUGCAUUGUUUCAGGAUUCUUUGCAAAUGCAGCACGGUUUCAUUCUACUGGAGCUUAUAGGACUAUCCGUGACGAUCAUGAAUUACAUAUCCACCCUGCCUCGGUCCUCUACGCAGAGAAGCCGCCUCGUUGGGUUAUCUACAAUGAAGUUAUACAGACCUCCAAGUAUUAUAUGAGAGAUGUGACUGCUAUCGAAUCUGCUUGGCUGUUGGAGCUGGCUCCACACUUCUAUCAACAAGGAACGCACCUGUCCCUCAAAGCCAAAAGGGCCAAGGUCCAGGACCAGUGAGCGGAGCUUGGCCGCCACCGCAGGGGGCUUGAAGUGGGCCACAGCCCGUUCAUCAGCCCCUUCCUUCCUGCUCCCCUUGGCAUCUGCAUUCCUUGCUGGGAUCCCGGGGGAGUUUGUGCAUGGGCAGGCAUCCCGCUGUGCUGCACCCAGGCGGAGCAGCUCACUCAGCACCCCCACCGACCCAGCAUGCCACUUCCAGCAGGCACACGGUUCUGGCCCAGCUUCAUGGGGCACGCGGAGGAAAGCCGGCCACUGCAGGCUGAAGCGCUGUGCAGGCUGGACGGGGCGGCAGGGGCAGGCUCUGCUUUCCCUGGCGAGGCCACAGCUGCACUGACCAGUAAAGUCUGCUGCUGGCUAUAAACAGGCACGUGUCUAAGGACAGAUGAGGCCAGGCUGCGGUUUCUGCCAGAAUCACUGAGGGGCAUGUGUGGCAGGCACAGGGGCUCCCAAACCAAGCAGCUUCUGUUUUCCCUCUGCACCGUGACCUUGUGUGUCUGUGGCAGGAGACUUUGCAAGGCUUGGUGACCGACAGGACUCGUGUGCACUGCUCUUUGUCAGCAAAGGGUUUCUGUCUCUUGCAGCGGGGCUUGGCUUUCUCUUCACAUUGACACCACAUCCUGAUGCCAUGAGCUAAGCACUAGUGAGUUCGCCAGCUCACACCCUGGCCAGAACCCUCUGUCACAAGAAUUCACAACAGUUAGAGGCUCUAAGCUUCUGUAGCUCAGGAACAUAACUUGUAUAUUUGUUUUUUUUGUUUCUUUGUGUGGGUUCGGUGAGAACCUGGGGCGGCCCUCCCAGCAGGCUCUGGUUCUACUGUCGCCCCAGGGUGGCUUUGCCGGGAUGACAUUUGUGUUUCAACACAGGACCGAUGCAGGUUUUCCUCUUACUGUUUCAAUGACUUUUAUUUUAAAAACACGUAGCUUGAAACUUUAUUUUUGUACUGAUCUUAGUUUGGAUGUGCCACUUUGGCACCAAACAUGUAUGUCAUUUUUAUUUCCAUUUUGUAAACACGUAAAUAAUAGCGAUAACUUGUUAAUAAUAGUAAACCUUUGUACCUCAAGUAAAUGUGUUCCC